UUUUGUUCUUUCAUCGAUGCUAGAACUUGGAAGCGCAAGCCAAAAGCUCUCCCUCAUGGCGUAAGAGUCUGUUUCACCCUACCUGUGAAACCAAAAUCAAUAGGAGCGCAUGGGAACUCCUGCCAAAGGCGUGCUACUGACAGGUCCUCCUGGGAUUGGGAAGACAACUUUGGUUAUGAGGGUCCUUGAGUCGCUCAGAGCUUCCAAACCCAAUUUGAAAGUUCAGGGCUUCUACACUCAUGGUAAUUACCAACUAUUAAUGGCAAGUGGCAAUCAUAUAGGUGAGAUUAGACAAGGAACUGAAAGGGUGGGCUUUGAAGUGGUGACAUUAGAUGGCAGAAGGGAAAGUCUUGCGUCAACUUCUGUCAGUGCAGGGACUGCCAGGUGGCCUAGUGUUGGGAAGUACAAAGUUGAUGUAGCAUCAUUUGAAUUUUUAGCAUUGCCUGAAUUAGAGGUCAGAGAAGGCACUGAGCUGUUCAUCAUCGAUGAAGUGGGUAGAAUGGAGUUGUUUAGUUCUAGUUUCUUCCCUGCAGUGCUAGAAGUUCUCAAGACCAACAUCCCAAUUUUAGCCACCAUACCUAUUCCCAAGUUUGGUCGUGAUAUACCUGAAGUUGCAAGGUUGAGGAAUCACCCAGGUGCAGAAGUGUACACACUUAAUUCAAGCAAUAGAGAUAACAUUAGAGAACAGAUAUCCACUCAGCUUCUGAACAUGCUGAAUAUUCGUUAAGAUGCUCACUUAACACAAAAGAAGAAAAAAUAGAAUUUCUAUUGUUUAUUGCUCUCAUUUGGUACUAUUUUAUUUACGUUCUCAUCGAAAUAUUUGGAGAUACUGGUUGUACUGGCCAUGAAGUUGAAAUGUGUACUGGUGCUAUCUAUACUUUAUGUAAAUUUGUUUUUUUUUU